UUAUUAUUUAUUUUAAAACUCUAAUCAAAGAGAGAAUCUCUCUCCACUCCACUUUCUAACCAAACAAUCCUUGGAUGCAGCUUGCAUUUGAGAAGCAUACAAGAUACAAUUUACCAAAUCAUGUAUUGGAAUUUAUAUGGACCGAGAUUUUUAUGCUAGGAAUCAAAUGUCAUGCUAGAUGUGUUGCUGCUGUUCAUUUGGACCCUUUUCAAUGAUCAUUAAAAAGGGCAACCCAAAAUCAUAAGAGAAUUCUAUAAACUAGUUAGUGUUUCUAAAUCAGUCACAUUAACCCAAUGGCAUCCAGGGAGAGGGAGAAGGCCGCGGGCGAUUUCGAAUCAAGAGCCUUUCUUCAAGUCCCAGUCUCCUCUACUUUCGGUCUCUAGAGCCGCCUGAUGGCGAUUUUCUCUUCCUCGUCGUCGGAACCAUCGGAGACGGGCACCAGGGCGUGGAUCCUCCACGGGCUGGUGGUCGGUUCCGCCGUCGCCGCGGGGGUGGCCGGUGGCUACGCCGCCCUACGCUGGUUCGGGAAGUUCCGAAGCAGGGUGGUGGGAAUAAUCCCCGCUCGCUUCAACUCCUCGCGCUUCCAGGGCAAGCCCCUCGUCCCAAUCCUCGGCAAGCCCAUGAUCCAACUGAUGCGACGAAGAAACAUCAUGUAAGAAGCGGGAAAGAUUGCGUGAAAAAUCUGUGAUGCCUUUAUGGGAAAUAACAUGCCAUUCCAAUGGGUUUCUUCAAGUUACAUGCAAAUAUGAGGAUUGAGUUAAUUUGCAUUGAAGAGCGAUUACAAAAUGGAGGAAAGAUAGGAGAUGAUUUGGCUGUUUUCGAGUUGCCAGUGCAAUCGCAGAAAAAAAAGGAAAACACCAUGGAUGUUUUAGCUCUGUGAUACUCAAAUGAACAAUAGUCCUGAAUUGAAAUCUUUGCCAAUUGAUUAAAGUGCAUCCGUUUUGUACAAAUUUGACAUUAUGUAUUUCAUCGUUUGAGAUGCUAAUAUCUGAGCUCUAGGUUCUAAUUUGGAGGCCCUGGUCAUCUAAAAA